CCCUCUCCCCCCUCGCUCUCUCGAAAGGAAGCCAAUCCCCCCUCUUUCUCUGCCUCCUCCCCUUCCGCCAUGAACCGGAGGCUUCGAAGCCCCAACGCCAAGAUCGAGGGGCGGUUCCACCGGUACCUGAGGCCGGGUGCCCUCGCCCGGCUCCGGGACUCCAGGAUUUCUGCCCGAUCUCCCCGAUCUACCCUUAAGAUCCCGAUCCCCCGCCUAUCCCCUCCUUCCUCCCCACAGGCCACACCAAACGCGGCGGCGGCCGCCGCCGCCUCCCGGAUGGACGGCUCUCCUUACUUCGCCGUCAGGUCCCAUGGCCCCCGGUUCCUGCAGCGGAAGAAGCUAGUCGCCGCCAAGUCCAUAUUUUUCGUCCCCUCGAGCCCAUCGGGGCCGGAGUUGUCGGAUGCUGUUGUGGAUGUAUUUAACUCCGAUCUCAUUGUAGCUCACUGAAUAGAAAUAAACGGGGACUUCUUUC